AUGUUCAGAGAAUUGCACAAUGCAGCCUUUCUGCUGGGAGGAGAGGAAGCGAGCACAGCGUGUUGUGACAGGCUGCUGCUGCUGCUGCCUCCUUGCACUCGGUCGCACAACCUGCUGUGCCGCUCACAUCCGGGUGCUGCGGCCCGGGCCGGUGGCUGGUCGCUCGGCGCAGCCGCCGUUGUCGCUAGACGGUGGGAACCGUCGCUGCCGUAACUCCGUUGCUUCUCCGGCAUGUCUUGGCCUCUUCUCGCUCUCACGGAUCGUAGUCAUCGACGCCCGGUGAAUGCUCUCGUGCUGAAGGACGUUUCGCCGUCUGUCUGGGGGAGGUGCUGAACAUAUUGUGGAAAAAUGGGAGCUUUUCUGGAUAAACCAAAGAUGGAAAAGCACAAUGCUCGUGGUGAGGGGAACGAUCUGCAUUAUGGACUGAGCAGUAUGCAAGGCUGGCGAAUUGAGAUGGAAGAUGCACACACAGCAAUCAUUGGCUUGCCACAUGGACUUGAGGCAUGGUCAUUCUUUGCAGUCUAUGAUGGGCAUGCUGGUUCCCAAGUUGCCAGAUAUUGCUGUGAACAUUUGUUGGGUCACAUCACCAGCACACUUGAUUUCAAAGUUAGUGAAGAUCUGACAGACCUUACUGUGGAAAAAGUGAAGAGUGGAAUUCGAACAGGUUUUUUGCAGAUAGAUGAGCAUAUGCGAACAAUCUCUGAGAAGAGGCAUGGUUCAGACAGAAGUGGGUCAACAGCAGUGGGUGUCAUGCUUUCACCCAAGCAUAUUUACUUCAUCAACUGUGGAGACUCACGAGGAUUGCUCUGUAGGAAUGGACAGGUCCAUUUCUUUACACAAGAUCACAAGCCAAGUAACCCACUGGAGAAAGAGCGCAUCCAGAAUGCUGGUGGCUCUGUGAUGAUUCAGCGCGUGAAUGGUUCCCUUGCUGUUUCAAGAGCACUUGGAGACUUUGAUUACAAGUGUGUGCAUGGGAAGGGACCAACAGAGCAGCUUGUCUCACCAGAACCUGAGGUUUAUGAAAUUGAGAGAAGGGACAAUGAUCAGUUUAUUAUCCUAGCAUGUGAUGGCAUUUGGGACGUCAUGGGGAAUGAAGAGAUCUGUGAAUUUGUUAAGUCCAGACUGGAAGUUAGUGAUGACCUUGAGAAAGUUUGUAACCAGAUUGUUGACACAUGCUUGUACAAGGGGAGUCGGGACAACAUGAGUGUCGUAUUGAUUUGCUUUCCAAAUGCACCAAAGGUGUCGCCAGAAGCAGUGAAAAGAGAAGCUGAGUUGGAUAAACAUCUGGAGAACAAAGUGGAAGAAAUCUUUGAGAAGCAGGGUGCUGAGGGGGUGCCAGAUGUAGUCCACAUGAUGCAUGCUUUGUCGUCGGAGAUCAUCCCAAACCUCCCACCGGGAGGUGAACUGGCCAGCAAGCGGAGUGUUAUUGAAGCAGUUUACCACAGACUGAAUCCAUGUAGAGCUGAUGGUUCUGGGUUGUCUAGAAAUUUCUGCAUUUGUGGGCACUCCAGACUUUAAAGAGUUGUAUUUCUUCUCUUUAUCAAGGAACCAUCAUUCCCAGAUGACACGUGGUAGCUGCCAACCAGGACGAUUGCACACAUCCACAAACAAGGCCAUCAAGUAUCCAUGAAUCACACAAGUCUUCACAAGAUUGUUUAAUUUUGCAAAAAGAUUUCAGCGGAUGCGAAUGCAAUAUUGAAAUUCUGCAAUCAGCAAUGAUUCAGCAAGGAUGUGAUUUGUUUAGUGGCUGGAAAUACACAUGAUUGAAUAAUUUUUACUACAGAUUGGGCAUUUUUGAUUUAAUCCUGUUAACUUGAAAGUGCAAUUUUGUCUUUUUUUAAAAGCUUCUAUUUAAUGGAAUAUGACCUUUCAAAGCAUAUUGAAUAGAAAACUUGAUGUCCAUAGCUGGUACAGAUGUAACAGUUGAGCAUCCAGAUUAUCAAAACAAGAAUCUUGCAUCUAACUUUUCAAUUUAUUUCCCAAUGCCAGAGUAUUUGAAUGGUCUAAAAUUAAAAUUUCAGGUUUGGCAGACUGAACUUGUAAAAUAAAUGCUCACUUAUUGAUUAUCUUAUAGAUCACACUUGUAUGAUAACAUUACUGUGGACUUUAUAAAAGCUGACUUUUACACUGUUGUGCAAAGUGAUUUAUUGGCACAUACAAUGCCGUGUUUCUAAUUUUGUAGCAUUUAGCAAAGGUGUGAAUGUUUUUAAGUGGCAGAGUGACCUGUGGGAAAUCUAUUACAUGCAAAACUUACACAAGAUUGUACCAACAUUUAGUUGUGUUAUUUUAUAUUUUAGUACUCCUUUGACACCUUGCCAUCUCCAUAAAUUAUUAAAUGGUUAAUGUUUCUUCAUAGAUUUAAUCAUCUGUGUAUCAUCAGCCAAGUUACCAAGCUAGUAUCACUGUACUGGUUGUAGUAAUAGAAGUUGUUUGGUAAACUUUUCUUCCUUUCAAUAAGUAAUGAUCUUUGAUAAUGUUAUUAUACUUGACCCAUUUAUCAAGAAUGAUAAUUCUGACGCUGUUAUUGCCCAAUAGCUUGAAUGUUUCACUUUAUAAACACAUGAAAUUAAAUGGUUUAUUUUGGAAAUUCAAAGUACUGAGUAGGGUUUGGUUUGAUUGCCAAAUCUAUUAUGUUACAUUUCCCAUUGACUAUACAAUGAUAAAGUGCCUUUAUAAAAUCAGCAGGAAUGAAAAAUAGAUUCACUCUUGCACACUAUUAAAUAACUUAUUUAAUGAUAGUUAACAACCCAUGGCAUAGUAUAUUAGUCUUUAAAUUUAUCCACAAAGGGCAAAUAACAAUUCAGGAUUAACAUAGACUUGCUUUAUCUUCCAAGUAAUUCAGAAUAGCAGAUUUUUCAACAUUGCUGCUCAUGCUUAUUUGUAUUUAAU